GGAAAAGUCGCGCUCGCGUCGCGGGUGGCAAAGAUGGCGGAAGCGGAGCGGGAGGACGAGCGGGAAAGGGAGCGGCCCGCCCGGCUCGGGUAAACCGCGGCUCGACGGACGGUGGCCGUGGGCUGGAAGGAAGAAUGGGGCCGGCCGCCGCCUUUCUGGGCCCGCUGCAGGGGAAGGCGGCGCCGCGCGCGUUCUCCGCUGCGUACCGGCCGCGGUGGGGCCUGCUCAUCUCGGCGCCGGGACGAGCUGAGGGCCGGGCCGCGGCCGUCGCCUUCCGUGCCCCGCCGCGUCCCCGCGGGCCGCCUACAGCGCGGGGCGCCGCAGCUCUUGUUCCGUUUCCUUCCAGAGAGAGUAUAAAAGGGAAAGCGAAACUCCGCUUGAGGGAGUGCGAUGUUGGGGACAAGUUCUCCCAUCUGCCUCUGCGCAAAGCCUCGGUGCUGCUGCCGCUGCUGCUGCGGGACGGCGCGCUGUGCCUGCUGCUCACCGUGCGCUCCAUGCAGAUGAGAAGAUCACCUGGGGAGGUGUGUUUUCCAGGAGGUAAAAGGGAAGAAAUGGAUAAAGAUGAAAUUGAUACUGCUCUCCGAGAAGCUAAAGAAGAAGUGGGACUGCAGCCGGAGAAGGUGGAAGUCAUCUGUAGGCUUGUGCCUGGGAUUGAUAAAGUUCUUAAAGUAUACAGCCUGUGCUGCUGGCAGAGUGAGGGGAAGAGAUUCUUUUUGGAGUUUGUGAGACCACUUAUGAAGUCCACUUAGGGAGUAUCAGGAAGACACUGGUAAAUGGGUGAGUGCCUAGCAUAGAGCCAAGGAGAUGCUAAGUGGGCUGGAGAAUGUGAAAUAGGAGUAGUGGCUGAGAGAAGCGGGUUUGCUCAGCUUGAAGUUAUUGGGGGAUCUCAUCUCUUCAAGCACCUCCUGAGUGGUUAUAGAGAUGACACUAGACUUGUCUUGACACAGUGGACACAAACAGCAACAGGUGCAAAAGAAAACAUUAGGUACAAAGAAAACAUUCUUCACCAUGUGAUUAGCCAGGCAGUGGAAUAGAUUGCUCUGACUUUUAGGAGACAGGCAGAAUUUAUCCAGGCACAGCCCUGAGCAACAUGAUGUAACCUCAGAGUUAUCUGAUUCAACAGCAUGCUCAGAGCAGGAUUAAUUUAGAUUGAAAGGGACCUCUGGAGGUUGUGUAGACUGAUUCUGUAUGGAAAUUAAGAUGUCACUGGCAUUGAAGUCAUUGUGUGUAAAGUACCAGGCUGCCAAUUUCGAUAGUGAUAUUUAGUAUCGUGUGCGAGCAGUUUUCCAGUAGAGGGGAAAAUGGUUCAAAAGACUUGAUUUUUGUUCUUCAGGUAAGUUUUCUUAUUAAUGCUCCAACAAUCUGUUUCUGUUAGCUGCUUACUUUCAAUAAUGUGCUCCUCACAUUUGAAAAAAUGUUAGAAUUGCAUUGCAAAAUGCUUUAUUUAUUUUUUUAAAUACAAAUAGCAUAAAAAACACAUACUUCAGAAGUGAUAUGUAAAGAAGAUCACUUUAGUUUUUAAGUUACGUCGUUUUGGAUUGCAGAAGUCUGAGCUCCUAGAUUGUGCUAUGUCAUCUCUAUACAUACAUUCAAAGUGAUUUAGUUUAAAUUGAGUCCUUCUAGACUUCCAUCAAAUAGCACAAAUGUUGAGCUUUGCCAUCAGUGCUGUUGAACAGGGAUGCUUUACUGUUACUAAUGAAUAGAAUUAGUAAUAUAUCUGAAAGAAUUAUGGUAUAGUGUUUAUACAAGUUACUAUUUUAAUAGUUGCCCCUGCAUUUCAAAGAAGGGAUGAACAUAAAUAACCAGUUCCAAAAAAAGUGUAUAUAUCUUCUAGUUAAGAUUGCUUCCAGUGUUCCUUUUGUAACAUCUGAAAUGUUUUUAAAAUAAAGGAAUUUCUUUUGCCUGGUACAAGCUUAGUGUUUGUUUUCUGUCAUUUUUU